AUGGCUCCCCCCAAAGGGCCCCCAGCCAGCGCCGAUCCCCCGGCCAAGAUGUCGAGCACGCUGCUCAACUUGCCGUUCAUGCAGCGUAGCAAGCCGCGGCAGCCACCGGCAGAGUCAGUCGCGAGUACUGGCGGACAGCAGCAGCAACAGCAGCAGCAGCAGCAGCAGCAGCAGCAGCAGCAGCAGCAGCAGGCAGCAGCGGCCGGCACUAGCGGCGUGGGCGGCGCGGCGGUGUCGGACAGGCUGCAAGGAAUGAAAUUCAUGCAGCGGGCCGCGCAGAAGCGCAAGGCGGAGGACGCUUUCGGGGCGGACGAGGCCGCGGCGCAGCAGGCUGAUGCAGAGGCCCAUUGGGUGUUGCCGGCUGCCAGCGGCAAGCGGUGCGUGGUCGUUUGCGAGCGCGACCCCCUCCCCGAGGCCCUCGCUUCGGGCAGCGGCCGCGUCUCUUUCGGCAGCUUCGGCCAGGCAGCGGGCGCCGCAGCGAAGGGCUCGGCUGCGGCGGCGGCGGCGGCGGAGGGCGGCGUGGCCAAGGGGCAAGGCGCUGACGUCAGCGACGAGCAGAUGGCCCGGCGGCUGGGUGGCGGUGGAGGAGGUGGAGGGGGAGGCGGCGGUAAGGGCGGCAAGGGAGCGGGCACCGGCGCCGCAGGCACAACUUUGGGGGAGGGGGAUGGCAACGGGGCGGAUGAUUGGCCGCAGGCUUUGCGGCAGAAGAAGCGACGAAAGCAGUAG